AGGCCCUGCCCCCCGUGGCGUCACGGUCUCCGGUGGGGAUCCGCCCGCGCGGCCGUCGCACGAGCGCUCGGCCCGGCCUGAGGAUGAGGGAAGGGUCGGCGCUGCCCGGCGCCCCCGGCGCCGCCCCGGUACCCGGCUUUCUGGCCAAGCUGUGGGCCCUGGUGGAGGAUCCGCAGAGCGACGACGUCAUUUGCUGGAGCCGGAAUGGUGAGAACUUCUGCAUCCUGGAUGAGCAGCGGUUUGCCAAGGAGCUGCUCCCCAAGUACUUUAAACACAAUAACAUCUCCAGCUUCAUCCGACAGCUCAACAUGUAUGGUUUCAGGAAGGUGGUUGCUUUGGAGAAUGGUAUGAUUACAGCAGAGAAAAACUCAGUCAUUGAGUUCCAGCACCCUUUCUUCAAGCAAGGAAAUGCACAUUUAUUGGAAAACAUAAAACGCAAGGUAUCUGCAGUGAGAACUGAGGAUCUCAAGGUCUGUGCAGAGGACUUACACAAAGUACUCUCUGAAGUCCAGGAAAUGAGGGAGCAGCAGAACAACAUGGAUAUCAGACUGGCGAACAUGAAGAGAGAAAAUAAGGCCCUGUGGAAAGAAGUGGCAGUUCUAAGGCAGAAGCACAGUCAACAACAGAAGCUGCUGUCUAAGAUUCUUCAAUUUAUACUAAGUUUGAUGCGAGGAAAUUAUAUUGUUGGGGUCAAAAGAAAAAGGUCUCUAACGGAUGCUGCAGGUGCUUCACCUUCCAAGUACAGCCGUCAGUAUGUUCGCAUACCUGUGGAGAGUGGCCAAGCAAUGGCUUUUUCUGAACAUAAUUCAGAUGAUGAGGAUGGAAAUCGUACAGGUCUCAUCAUUCGAGAUAUCACUGAUACCCUGGAGAAUGCCACCAAUGGUCUCCUUGCUGUAGCACACACAAGCGGCAGAGACAGAGAGACACAGACAUCUCUGGAUCCUGGCUUACCUAUUUGUCAAGUAUCGCAGCCAAAUGAGUUACAUUGUGCAGAACCUAUCCCUCCAGUUCAUAUAAAUGAUGUCAGCAAAUCCAGUGAAAUGGGCAAUGUUGCUGUGGAACUCCGCACUGCACAAGCUAAUGCUCCAGAAGACCCCGUGUCAGUGAUUGACUCCAUCUUGAACGAGAAUAACUCUGGAAGCCAAAAUGAUCCUUUACUGGACAGAGAAGAAAUUCAGGAUUUUCUUAAUUGCAUUGAUGCCAGCCUUGAAGAGCUUCAAGCAAUGUUAUCUGGGAAGCAGUAUAGCUUUGGUUCUGAAACUUUCAGCGAUGUGUUUAACUCUGAACUGCCAGCCCUGGAUAUGAACUUGAUGGAAACUUCCCCUGGUAUGGAAAAUAUUGCAAACUUGGGAGACAGCACUGAAGAUCUGGGAGCAAGUGAGAGAGAAUCAGCAGGAAGCAAAGAUAUGCAGCUGAUACAGUACAGGGCCAAUCCCCUGCUUUCGUUGCUUGAAGAACUGCCUUCUGGUGAAGCUGGUGGGAAGACAGAGGAUCCAAAAGACCUCCUCCUGGCACCCCUGGAGGAAAAACCUGCUCUCCAUCCUCCAUCAGGCAGUGAAACAGUCUUGCCACUGGCAGUUCCAGCAAACCAGGCUGAGCCCCCAGUGGACACUCUGGGAAUGGGUGAUCCACCUCUCUCGGAAGAUGGAAAUGGAGAGUACAAGCUGUUCCCACUCUUACUCCUCAGUCCCGUUGCUAACUUCAUAGAAGAAGCCUCUGAGAUAGAAACUUCUUGAACUUACAUCUAUAACUGGCUUAGUGGUGUGAAAUAGACAGCAAAGAUAAAUGGAUCAGUGAGAAGUUUGAUCUUCUCUCUCCUCUCCUGCUUCCUGAGUGUCAUAUUCUAUAUCACCUAAAGAAAGUUCUCUUUCUGUGAGCAGAGAGCACAUGUGGGAAAGCUGAAAAAAGCCCUCAAAAGAAGAGCUAAUGGGAUUGAAGGCACUGGGAGGAGGGAAGGACAACCUCCCUGUAAACAUACCACAGUGUAUUUCAUAACUGUUUUUAUCUGAUAUCCUUAUUGCAAAAGGAAAUCUGUUUGUAUCCUGUUUGUAAAGUUUGGCUGUUUGGUUUUUUUUGUUUUGUUGUUAUUAGCUAUGUAGUAACGUGUUGUGUAAUGUUUUAAACAUGGGUUUUAUUCUUUCUGAGGUGUUUCAAGAAGUGACUUGUUUUCUGAUUGGAAUUAAGAAUUUUUGUUGUUGUUGCUGUUGGUUUUUUUUUGGGAUUUCUUUUUUAAUAGUUUGUGGCUACAAAUGUUUGCAUCUGCUUAAAUUACUUUCCUAUUCCUAGAUUUGCUCCUAGGUACAGUGAACAUUUUUCCUAUGGAAAAUUACAUUUGAACUCUGGAGUAUUACUUUUUAACAUGCUAACACACAUCCAUUGCCACGGAUUGUAGGUGUUGCGGUAGGAAGUGCUUGCCACCGUGCAUAGUGCUGAUUUCUCAUGCACAUUGCAUGGCGGCUUUUCUAGAGUAACCUGCACCUAGCACGUAGGUCGCUUGUUCUUGGAAAUUCUGAGUAGGACUGAUUCACGAGAUGUCUAGCACAGUCCAGCAGCUAUCCUUCAAACAAGAACACACAAAAAGUCAUGGGUAACUUGCACUGACAGGGGACAUGAUGUUAAGAUUCCUCUUCUGCUUGCAAUAGCUGCUUGUUUAUCUGACUCUUUGUAAACAUUGGACUUUUUCAUGGAUUUUCUGCCUGUUGGAUCUUAAAGCUCAAUCAACUAGAUGGAUUGACAGCGAAUUACAAAAGCUAGUAUCAGCUUCAUCAGAAAAUUUUCCCCAAAAUUCCCUCCUACACUGUUUUCUUGGCUUCUUUGAACAGCUGUGACGUGGACAUCAGUUCUUAUCCCCUGUUAUCAGUAGGACAAGGGCUCUUUCACCAGCACCAGGUUGGGAAGAGCCUGUCCUUAGCUCACAGAAAUCUGAAAUUUUCCACAGCCAUAACAGCUGCUGGAGCUCGAAGAGGCCUGGAGCAGAAAAACAGUUGUACAGCACUACCUGAUUCUUCAAGUAACUGCAGUGCUAGGAGACGUUUUUCAGUUUUAGGAAGUCGGUCUACUUACAGGCUUUAUUCUCUCUGAAGUCUUUGAGCUAAUAAGAUUUGGGUUCUUUUUAUGUUCAAGAAUCCAAGUUAUUUUGAUAUGCUGAAGCCUUCUAGAUAAUGCAUAUUAUCUAUGCUGACCUGGCUAAGUUAGAUUUCUGCUUCAUUGUCAAAUCUUCUAAGCUGUGAAGGAGGCUCUUGCUACUGAGUAUGUGUACACCUCAAACACCUUCACAGUGUCAUUUUAUUCCCCUGCUUUUAACGGUUCCUUACAUCUGUGACACCUUCCCUUUUUUUUUUUUUUAAUUAUUUCUUCCCGAAAGUCCUGAUUUUUGCCAAGAGUGAAACAAUAAAGACCAAACUUUUCUUUGGUGUUGUUGUAACAGCACAGUGCAGGUAACAGAGUUCUCUGAGGGGCUGAUCUUCUGUAACCUCCAUUUCCUGAGCAGGUUAGACUUGAAAUAUAGUCCUGUGAUGGAUCAGUGUCAUGUUCUUCCAUGAUGGAGUCUGGUCUCACUGCAUCUCACCAUCAGGUAUUUGAAUUGCAUAAUACUUUUUUAACACACUUUGUCUCUUAAGAAGUAAGAAACCGAGGCUUAGGAAAACUUAAAAUUUGUGAAUCUGUGUCUGGUUUAUGUACUGGCCUAGGAACUGGGUAUAGUUGCUAGUUUCCUAACAAAGAUUGCAAUAGAAGGCUGAUUAGCAAGGAAAAAAAAAUACACGCUGAACUAAUUAAACUAUGGAAUUGCAAAACCCGAACUGUGAUUCUUGUACGUUCUGUUUAUGUUCCUCUGUGCGUGCUGAUACGUUUCCCAAACAGUCUUCAGAACUUUCUGGAAGGAAGAGCUUUAAAUUUCACUAGGUCUCAUUGUGCCACUGCAUGACUGAUGGACUGAGGCCUUGCUCGGGACUGACAGUGCUGUCCUGCUAAAUACGACUUUGUCAGUCGAGGGUUGGACUUGAUGAUCUUAGGGGACUUUUCCAGCCUUUACGAUUCAGUGACUCCAUGAUCUCACCCUAGUCCCCUUGAGCUCUAAUCCUAACAUGACUGCAUAUGACCAAUGAAUACAUGCAGCUUAUUGCACAUGUGGGGAAGCAAAUGAAAAUCAUUAAACUUCAGGACUGCA